AUGGUUCCACGAUUCGGUGCACCUAGACGCAGACAGUCGGAUUCUACCAACAACGAACCCGAGUUCCCAUCCGACAUGGGCAACCAAAAUAGCACCGGCGACGACGCUCAGAGACCGACUGACUCCGAGGGGUUUUACCCCGAUAUCUACGAUGUGCUCAAGGUCCGCUAUCUGCUGCGAUGGAAGAUAAUCCCGGAGGGGCUACCUGCGGAGAUCGUGGAUCUCAUCAUAGAUGCGGCAGAAUAUUGGCCCUCUACUGAAGCUACAUUGGGCGAAAAGAGGAUUAUCCGCCAGGACAAAGAUCAGGUGUUAGUCAGGACAGCCCCGCUGUGCUAUGAUGAAAAGACCUUGGGAAGUGACUCGCCAAAAGUACUCCCUCACCGGACUAUUCACCCAUGUCGUAAGAUUGUCUUCUCCAUCUCUUCGCAUGACCAGGGCUUUGCUAGCAGCGGGCACGGUACAUUUGACGGGUCAUAUACAUGGUUUGACGCCGAAGUUAUCCGCUCCGCGAAUUUGGCAACAUCUACCGAUGCACCCAUCCCGGAACCCGAUGCGAACGGGAUUCGGUUUGGGCAAGGUCAUCCCCUCUUAUUACCCAAAUCCAGCAAACUACAGUCUAACCGAGCCGCGGUGAGCGGAACUCAGCAUUACGAGAUCACCUGGCAUCAUCUCGACAACAUUAGGGCUGAUUCGGCGGAAGCGGAGGAAAUCCAGCAUAAUCAAGGUCGGGGAAAAGACACGCUAGAUGGGACCCAAGUCCGCACCUUGCAGGUGGGAGAUGUGAUCUCUGUCUUGGGCCGAGCACGGUUUGGAGGUUGGUCGAAUCAUGUGGAACGGCUAUCAGUGCGAGUAUUCUGGGCCGUGUAGAGUGGUUGAAGAUACCUUUCAUGGUACCCUUUAAUAAUUCCUCCCAUAGAUCAGUCACUAUGCCAAGGUACACAUAUACGUACAUACGUACGUGAUAUGGGCGGAGAGAAACUCGUGUAGAUAGAUAUGAAGGCAGGACCUUCGAGAUACGGUUGGAAAUAGUAAUUGGAGGAUGGGAUUACUAUGACUUCUGAGGAGUAUCAAGCAUGUUAUUCUCAU